AUGCAAUCCCUUCGCCGCGCCGCUGUGCGAUCUGCCCUCUCGGCCUCCAGAGCCGUUUCGGUCAAAACCACCUCUGCUCCCUUCCCUUUCUCCAUCGUCAGAGCCGCCGCGGUUUCCAGAGCUGUCCCUGUGCAAGCUGUGCGGUGGUAUUCCCAGGAGCCCACUUCGCAAGACCCAUUGUCGCAGGACGUCACCGAGGAGGCACAUGCGGCCGAGGAGAACAUCACAGAGCAAACCCAAGAAGAACGCCAGCCCAGGAGGCAGCUCGACAAGUCGAGAGCCAUCUUUGUGCGCAACAUUGUGUUUGAGGUCAACGAGCAGCAUCUGAAGGAGGCCUUCGAGACAUAUGGCGAGAUUGAGGACACCUACGUUGCCCGCGACCCCCGGGGUAUGAGCAGAGGAUAUGGCUUUGUCACCUUCAAGGACGCCUCCGCCGUCAGCGCUGCGUGCGCCGCUGUCAACGGCUCUUUCUGGCAUGGACGCCGGGUAACCUGCAUUCCCCGCAGAGACGAGGAGCAGACUCCCCGUGCCCGCGAACAGAACAGGACGCCUAAUGCCCCCACCAAUCAACUUUUCGUCGGUAACAUCCCCUACGAGACCACCGACGCCGAGCUCAACAACCUCUUCGCUGGCCUCUCGAACGUCACCGACAUCCGUAUCGCUGUCGACCGCACCACCGGCUGGCCCCGUGGCUUUGCCCAUGUCGAUUUCACCGACGUUGCUUCCGCUGACGCUGCCAAGGAGAAGCUGGCCGCCACUAACCUUGGUGGCAGACAACUGAAAAUCGACUUCGCUACCGGUUACGGAAAGGGUGAGCGCACCAACAACAAAAGCUUUGGUGGCCGUGGUGACCGUGGUGACCGUGGUGACCGCGGAGACCGUAGAGACCGUGGCGACCGCAACGACCGUCCCAGCAACGACGGCUUUUAA